GUUUCCCGUUAACGUCCGGUGAAAAAGGAUAUAUUUUUGUAGUCAACCUCGGAGUUAGACCUUAGCACCAAGCUUUGUUCAAAAUGAGUAAGCAAAGGUUAUUACACCGCCAGUCGUUUUCUGGAUCGCCUAAGGUUGAAGGAUAUUUAAGUAAACGUGGUAGAUUGAACUUGCGAUGUGCUUGGAAGAGGUAUUGGUUUGUUCUUGAAGGAAGACAGUUUAUGUAUUACAAGUCGAAAGCAACUUAUGAGUGUUUGGGAGUUUGUAAAGGUAUGAUCGACUUUUCCCAGAUCCAGUCUAUUCGUACGAUUAAAAGUGCAUUCAGUUUUGCAUUUGAUGUGAUCACCAGAAGAAAAGUAAUCCAUCUGGUAAGUUUGUAUAGUUUGGUAUAAGCUGAGCUUCAAUGAGUGUAAAAAGAAUAGACAAUUUGUUAGUCAUGGAGUUAAACUUUGUUUAAAUUAACAUUGUUACAAUCACUUUUAACAGUUUUAUUGAAUUAAUCCUGUGGCUUGAUAAUACUGUUACACUAAUACCUUUUUCUGUAACCUUGAUAGUAAUAU